AUUAUUCCCAAAAUUCAUACCCACAGAGAAAUCAUGGCUGCUUCAUCUUCAUCUUCUCUAAUCCAUUUCCCAAAUCUCACCACAACACGUAUCAGUCAUUCAAGUAGGAGUCUCUCCCUACAGUACAAACCACAAUCAUCAUCAUCAGCAGCAGGAGCCAGUAGUCUGAGUUACCAAUCUAAAAUAACCUCAAGAAGAAAUUUGAAAGCAAUUGAGAAAGGAAAAGAAGAAAAUUCAGCAACAACAAAAUUUGAAAAUGUUGAAGGAGGAGAAGAAUUGAAGAAAGAAACCAUAGAAGUUGAAGAUCAAUUGGGUGCAGAAAUUAGAGAAGCAAUGAAGGUGAAGAAGGAGGAGGAGAAAGAGAAUGUGAAUUACUGGGAUGGAGUAAUAGAAGAGAUAAAAGAAAUUGAAUGGCCUGUGUUCAGUAAAGUAUUAGGAACUACUGGUGUAGUUAUUGGUGUUAUUGCUGGAUCAAGUGUUGUGUUGCUUACUGUGAAUGCUUUAUUAGCUGAAUUUUCUGAUCAGGUUUUUGCUGGUAGAGGUGUUCAAGAUUUCUUUGGUUGAAAUGCAAUGCUCUAAUUGUCUACUUUUUGUUAUUGUCAUUGUUAUUCUUCUUGCUGUUUAUACAUAUUUUAAAUUUUUCAUUCUUUGUUGCAUUGUCUUUGAGGUCAUCAAAAUGUCUGUCCCAAAAAUCUGAAACUAAGUGAUGCAAUUUAGCAUUAGCAAUAGCAUUCUCUUUUUUGUUC